UUUUAUAUUUAGUACCGCGCUGUGCUCUGUGUACGAUUCACGUUUCGCGCGGUUUAAGACCAGUUAUCAUUUUAAAAGCAGUAUGGUUUGAAUCGAACGGUACUUCGACAAAAAUAUAACCUUUUAGACUUUAAAACGGUGUGAUUUUUAUGCUUUGUUAAAUAAAAUUUGAUUUAUUGGUGUUGAAAUGAAGAGUUAGGUUAUGUACGCGUGAUAAAGUACCAGUUUAAGUUAUUGUUUAAUAGUUACAAAAAUGAAGAACUCUGAAGACCAGAAGUUGGAGGAUGGACAGGAAACCAAUGAUAUUACUUUUGAGGAUGCUUUUGAACAGACAGGUCACGGCCGAUUCAACCACUUAGUUCUCUUCACCAGCGGCCUGAUCAUGCUGAAUGUCUCCAUGGAGUCAGUCGGCAUGAGCUACGUGCUCACUUCAGCUCAGUGCGAGCUGGAGCUCUCAGAACAGCAUAAAGGGAUGAUCAACGCGGCUGCUUUCAUUGGUAUAGUAUCGACGUCAUUCCUGUGGGGCUACCUCGGCGACCGCGUUGGGCGGCGAGCAGUCAUGCUACCGGCCAUGAUAGCAUCUGCUGUGUUCUCUGUGGCCUCAGCAUUCGCUAGCGACGUAUGGACGCUAUUUUUGCUAAGGAUUCUGACAGGAUGUUUUGUAUCAGCCUCCAGUGCCACAGUAUACGCCUACCUCGGUGAAAUGCACGCCAACUCUCGGCGGGCGGCCGCCAUCGCUUGGGGCUCAGUUUUUAUCUCAUUCUCCUUCAUUAUCUUACCUGGUCUAGCCUGGGUAAUCAUCCCGGGCAAAUGGUCCUUCCACCUUCUCAGCAUCAGGAUAAGCUCCUGGCGCGCCUUCAUGUGGUCCUGGUGCGUUCCAGGGCUGGCAGCAGCAGGGAUUCUGUCUGUUCUGCCUGAGAGUCCACGCUUCAUACUGGCUUCUAAAGGCCCGGAGGCUGCGCUACCUGUCCUGGCUAAGAUGUACUCCUGGAAUCAUGGGACUGGAGCUGAUAACUACCCGGUAGAGAAAAUAACCACUAUCGGUGACGCAGAGGCGUUCAAAGGCGGUUUCGCUGGAGCUCUGAAGAACUUUACACACAUCUUCCGGCCGCCGCUGCUGCGUUGCGUCUUUAUAUCGCACAUAUCGAUGUUCGCCGUAUUUAUGCUAGCGAGCGGCCUCUACGUGUGGGUGCCCGAAGUAAUCAACAACAUCCUUCAAAACGACAGUGAAAGGAGCAUCUCCAUCUGCGAGAUCAUUACGCAGAAGGCGUUAAAUAAAACACAAGCCCUGGCUUCACAUGUGGAAGCGGUAUGCAACCCCAACAUAUCCGUGGGAGUCUUUCCAAUCUCCAUGGCCAUGGGGGCCGUAUUUGCCAUCACAUACCUCGCCAUUGGUGUGUUCAUCAAUAAAAUAGGAAAGAAGGCGCUAUACAACGGUAUCAUGUUCAUCUGCGGCCUAGCGACCAUAGCGGCGGCCUAUGUGCCGCAAGGGGGCGCCGCUACCGGCCUGCUGAUCUUAGCACUGUGCGCGGGCUGUGCGGCAUCCAUAUUGGCUGCCAUUGCUGUAGAUGUGUUCCCUACUUCGCUAAGAGCUAUGGCGAUGUGCGUGAUGUACAUGGUGGGGCGACUGGGCGCCGCCGUGGGGGCGUACCUGCUGGGAGCGACGCUGCACACGCACUGCGAGUUAGCCUUCUCUGCUAUGGGGGCUUUUAGUGCUGGAUCGACACUACUUAUGCUCUUCUGGCCCAACCCUCAAGCAGUUCGAGACGAAAUGGAAGAAAAGGGUCUCUCGUACUAAUCUACCUAGUGGUAGCAACAUCGUACACUCUUGACCAUUUUUCAACCCUAUUGCAGCGACAUUAAGGUUCAUCGAUGGUCAAUUAUGAGUGUCAGUAAAAGAUUAAUAUAAUGUUUCAAUUAGAUAAUAUUUGCCUCCGUGAGACUGAAUGAUAGAAUGAUUACAAUUUUGUAUUUAUACGUUUUGCAUUUUAAUAAAACGUUAAUAGAA